AUGGGGGUCUCUGGCCUCCUGCGGGACCACCAAAACAAGAAAAGGUUGAUUCUGUGGGAUUAUGGAAACAUUAUCAAAAGUAAUAUCGUGAUGGAACAAAAUGAAAAUGAGGCGCCAUUGACAGUUAUAACUUUCAAACGAAAUAAUAACAGGUUAUUUCCACUCAAGACGAAGUUCUCCUUCUGCAGGGAGGAAGCGAGGAUGAAGGGCGCAGAGGAUCAGCGCCCGGGACAGGAAUCCUGCGGCUGGAUCCUGCCAAGCCAAGGAGGUCCUCGGCCGCCUCCGUCGAGUUUUAAGACAGACAAGGACGACCCUUCCUCCCCGUGCCCUAGCGACCGGCUGAGCGUGACCUGGGCUGACGGCGAGAGGUCAGUGUCCAGCGACGGCGUGUCCCUGGCCCCUCGGACGCCGGUGUCCUCGGAUCAGCCUUCGAUUAACACGCUUAUACCAGGUCGGUGGUGUGGGUGUUUUUCAUGCGGCAGCCUGAUGGAGGAGCCGGCCGAGGACGACGAAUUCUCCGCCAGCGUAUCGGCCAUCCUCAAGCGCCCGAAUCGAGGUGUUCCGCGGCGGGGCUCUCGGAGGAAGAGGAAAAUGAGGCGGACCUCCACCAUGACCAGCAGUUCGGGCGAUACUAUAGUGGACAUGGAAGGCGAGGAAGUCGUGGAGACACUAAGGAUCCAUAAGGAAGUCCUGGCGGGGGUGAAGCAUCAGCCUUGGCCCAUCGGGAGGAAGCUUCGUCUGGCGCGGUCGGCUCGCUCCUACAUCCAGCGUCACGAGGGGGAGCUGGAGGAGCGCCUCGCCCAGAGCACCAGCACCAAGGACGUCCUCCUCAGAUAUUUCAUCCGCGCCAGGAGGGUGGUGCGGGCGGGAGCGCGGGCGGUGUACGUGUGGGUGAGGGGGAUCGAGCUGUGGCAAGGGCGUAUCAAGACUAUUGAAUCCUACUUCGGCUCGGCAGUGGCAUCCUACUUCACCUUCCUGCGCUGGGUCCUCGGCCUCAACAUCGCCCUCACCGCAUUUCUCACUGCGUUCGUCAUCAUACCCGAGUUUCUGGCGUCUGACAGGAGCAAGGCAGGGGAGAGGAAGAGCCUUCUGCCAGACGAAGUCAUCAGCGCUUAUGACUUCAAGGUGAUGUGGGACUUUGAGGGCAUCCUGAGGUAUUCGCCCAUCUUUUACGGCUACUAUAGCAAGACCCCCACUACCAGGGAAGGCUAUAGACUGCCUCUCGCGUAUUUCCUCACCUCUGUUGCUGUCUACGCCUAUAGCUUCGUGGCGAUUCUCAGGAAGAUGGCCGCGAACUCCCGGAUGUCGAAGCUCGCCGACGACGACGAGAGCACCUUCACCUGGAAGGUCUUAGGCGGCUGGGACUUCACCAUCGGCAACCCUGAAGCCGCGCAGAACAAGGUAGCCUCCAUCAACACGGGGCUGAGGGAGGCGCUCCUCGAGGCCAAGGAAUCCGAGAAGGAGGAUAAGAGCUGGAAAGUGAAAGCCAAGCGGUUCCUGGCCCACCUGAUUGUGCUCGGACUCGUGGUCGCCAGCGCCUACGCCGUGGUCCUCCUGGUGGAGCGCUCCAAGGACGUGGACGACAGCUCCUCGUGGUACCGCCAGAACGAGCUCACGAUCAUCCUGACGCUCAUCUCGCUCGUUUACCCGAACCUCUUCGAUUUGGUAGGCCUGCUGGAGGAGCGGCACCCCAGGAACCAGCUUCAAUGGCAACUCGCCCGCAUUAUGGCACUCAAUCUUCUUAAUCUUUACACGCUCAUCUUCGCGUUGUUCUCCAAAGUGUAUGAAAUGGAGAACCUGACGAACAGUUACGGAGAGGGGACAACCACCACCAUGGACUUCCUCGUGGGGACAACCUCCGUCUCACUCCUGAACAGCAGUGACCCUUAUGGCUGGACCACAACAUCGCAAGACGCAUCCAACUCCACUCUGUUCGAUUCCCUCAAUUCCUCAUUGUACGAAGUGACUAUUGCGCCCUUGGACAACGUCUCGAACACAGCCUUCUUUAACUUAACAACCGCCUCCGACGUCGACUCGUUAGCGCUAGUGACCACCAUAAGCUCCACCCUCUUGGCGGCCAUCACGUUCACUGAGUCACCGGCACCAGAUACCCCAGUUCCUCGAUGUAGACGAGUGAGAGUACCAUGUUCAACCACAACAUCCACUCAACCCCCCACAACUGGCCUCCUAUUUGAAGUGAAUCUCACUAGCACGAUUGGAACCGAUCCUUUGGCUGAGAAUGUGACGUGGACUGACUAUGGCCCAGAGAACGUGACGUGGACUAACUAUGGCCCCGAGAACACGAUGAGCACCCUGCCCACAGACGACUCUCUGGUGGCCCCGAACGGCUCCCUCGCAGGUCCGGGGAAUGGUACUGUGUUUAUGGUUGAUGAUGAAGGAUUCCCAUAUGAUGAAUAUUAUGUAGAUGAUAAGGUUUAUGUUUACUUAGAUUAUUUCAACAACACAGGGGAUGUACCAGAGGGACGUAAGGAAAACGAAGGGGUCGAUCCAUGGAACAGUAGUGUGCCGACAGAAUUGUAUGAAGAACCCACAGCAAUGAAUUUGUACGAUAUAAGUACUAUCGAGACAACAGAAGUCUCCGAUGACAUGGAAGAGCCUCCGGGAACAACAGAUCCUCCCGAAAUGCAGGAAGACCCAAGCGUGACAGAGGACCCGAAAGCCGUUGCCUUCCGAGAACUUCUGCGGAAAUUCCCUUCCCGUCCCGGCCUCAGCCCCAUAUUACUUGGUGACGUGGCGGAUUUCGAAGACAUUACAGUGAAGGAGAACAACGCGGACGAAGACGGGGAAUUAGCGAACGACAGAGUAAUCAGAAGAAGAAGAACGAUAACUGAAAGUGGCGAAGAAAACCCCAACAACCAAGGCAUACGAGACAAGCGUAGUGCAGCCAUGGGUGACUACGGAGGCAUAAGUCCAGUCGAUGUUAGUUACUUGCCGACGUUCGAGAGAGACGUCCUAUAUGACGAAUACGGGGACUCAGUGUCCAAUCCAUCAGAAGAAUACUCCUCCUUUUUCAAUGAAACGGAUCUGAACGAAGGAAACUUUACCUUCGACGACGAAAGAACCGAACCUGUAACAACAGUGACUCCGUCACUUAGGAACACCACGACUACUUACUGGGAUAAACUCCUCGCGCCUUUUACCACGUCUACGACUAACAAAGACACGACUGCAGAGACAACCACGGAAAACAACACUACAGAAAACGACGAAGAGGUUUAUUUAACAAGUACAAGCCCAGAGUGGAUGGAAGAGACGGAUACAACUACUGAAUCUACAACAGGCAUCGACAAUGAUUGUUAUAUCACAAUCUGUGACGUUAUCCCUACCCCAACACCCGCAACGCCCACGACGGAGUCUUCUACCCUCGUACCCACCACCGACCCGCCUACCACGACCGCAGCGGUGGUGACGACCCCAGCGGUGGUGACGACCCCCUUCUUGGACCAGCCUAUGAAGAACAACCCCGAGAAGUGGGCCCGACAUCUCCCGACGCCGGCGAGACAUCGGCUCAGGAAACUGUGUUGGGAGACCAUGUUCGGCCAAGAGAUCAUCAAACUCACUGUCAUGGACCUGGUCGUGACCGUAGUGACCAUCGUCAUAGGAGACUACAUCCGCGCCGUUGUGGUUCGUCUGUUCAAUGGCUGCUGCUGCUGGGACCUGGAGAAGAAAUUCCCGGGGUAUCCAGACUUCAAGAUAGCGGAGAAUAUCCUCCAUCUUGUUAAUAACCAGGGGAUGAUUUGGAUGGGCAUGUUCUUUUCGCCCGGGCUACCGGCUCUCAACACCCUCAAGCUCGUGAUCGUUCUGUACGUGCGCUCGUGGGCCGUCGUCACCUCCAACGUGCCUCCUGAAACGGUCUUCAAAGCCUCCAAUAAUAAUAACUUCUACCUACUGUUUCUGCUGACGAUGCUUUUCCUCUGCACGCUCCCUGUUGGGUACGCCGUGGUGUGGCUCGAGCCGUCUUGGCACUGCGGCCCCUUCAGCGACUUCCCCAGGAUGUACAAGCUGGCGACCUACACGCUCAUCGGCGCCUUGCCCUCCUCGCUGUACCCUGUGGUGGACUACAUCUCCUCCCCCGGCGUAGUCAUCCCCGCCGGCCUCCUUCUCGUCCUCAUCAUCUACUACCUCUUGUCCCUGACGGCGGCGCUGAGGGAGGCCAACAGCGAUCUCAGGGAUCAGCUGAGGCAGGAGAGGUCGGCGGAGAAGAGGAAAGCCAUGGACGCGCGGACGGGGAAGAACCGCUCGGAGACGCCCACCACCAGGUCAAGGAUCUUCGCACUAUUUUUGCUUGAAGCAGGAUAA